AUUUACAUCAUUUUUGACACGUUUUAUGCAAUAUUUGUAAAGUUUGUGAUAUUUCCAAGUUAGUUUUGUUUAAGUGUUGCUUCAAGAAUGGCUUUUAAUUUCGAUAGCGGGCAGUUCAACAAAGAAUCAACUCCAAAACGACUCGGUAACUGGCAAGUGCCACGUUGGGCGCCAACUCGAGCUCGUCCAGUGGAAAUGCGACCAGAUCCAAAACCAAUAUGUGAUAUAAACGGUCGCUUUUUACCCGGAGCGCCGCGUGGAACCUCAAAAUGCUUCGGGCACUAUACUGGAACGUGGGAGUUACCUCGGAAGAUUACAAGGAAAGUCGCUGAAGAGUUAACGAAGGAACCACCGGCUGGAAGAUUUUCAGAUUGGCUGAAUCUUCGUGUUCAAAGACAAAAGUCUGUGGUUUCGGCGCCAACACGCCUGCGCGCAGGAAAACGCGGCAAAGCGGAGAAGGAAAAGUCGCCAGAUGAUCAGACAUUCAUACCAAAUCAAUGUCCAUUGCACAAAAAUAAGUUAAAGAAGGGAAAGAAGAAACAAUAAAACAUAUCUCCUGUCCCGUGAGUUAUACAAAUAUUAAUUAAACUUAUUUUUUUUUAAAUUAUUGCAUGUCUGUACAAAAAAAAGGACCAGGAUUCAGAGGAAACGAAGAAACAUUCAGGUGAGGAUUUAAAUGGAGAUCAAGAUGACAAUAAAGAAGACGACGAUA